AUGUCCGGACCAUUGGGCUUGGAGCUGUUUCCUCCUCCCCAAGGAUUGAAAGCAGAGUAUGACACUCUUUUCACCAAAGACUGCCUCCUUUUCCUUCACCAGUUAAUCUCUACAUUCGAUAAGGAAGUUGAUCAGGUUUUGCGUUUGCGAGUGUCUAGAAAAGCACACUUGGACUUAUCUGGUGACCUACCGGGUUUCUUAGAAAACACAUCCCAUGUCAGGACAGACCCAGACUGGAGGGUGCUCCCUGUUCCCCCGAGGCUCUGCAGGAGGCAUGUGGAUAUUGGGGACCUGGCUCCUUGUGAUACACAGCGGUUUAUCAAAGCUCUGCAGUCUCCAGCACAAGGCAUACAGGUUGACUUUGAUGAUGGAAACUGCCCAACAUACCACAACCAGAUCAGAGGGAUCCAUAAUGUCUUGAAAGCAGUCCACAACCAGUUCUCCGAUGUUCCUCACAUAUCUGAGGUGCCAGUGCUGAUGCUUCGGCCUCGUGCCUGGAACAUGGUGGAACCCAACAUGAUGGUAGAGGGGAAGCAGGCUCCUGGUCCACUUUUUGACUUUGGACUUCUCAUGUUCCACUGUGGAAAGACACUGUUUGAAGAACAAAGUGGACCCUUUUUCUACCUAUCAAAGGUGGAGAGCUUCAUGGAGGCAAGACUGUGGAAUAACAUAUUUGUGUGGACGCAGCAGAAGCUCGAUCUUCCACUGGGUACCAUCAAGGCCACAGUGCUCAUUGAAAACAUCUUGGCAGCUUUUGAAAUGGAGGAGAUUCUCUAUGAGCUGCGAGAUCAUUCAGCAGGACUCAACUGUGGAAUCUGGGAUUAUUCAGCCUCCUUUGUCAAUAAGUUUGGUCAUCGUGAGGCCUUCCUGCUGCCCGACCGCAGUAAAUAUGUCAACAUGGAGAAACGCUUUCUGCGCAGCUACAUGGACUUAUUGGUUCAGACAUGUCAUCGUCGGGGAGCACUGGCCACCGGAGGCAUGGCUGCCCUCCUGCUGCCUCAGGACACAUACAGCACCUCCUACAGGACAGUACUGGACACUGUGACCAGACUUAAGUUGCUGGAGAUCCAGGCCGGUGUGGAUGGUUUCAUGGUAUAUGACCUAAGGUUGAUUGAGCCCAUGCAGGAACUCUUCAGACUCCACACUGAAGGGGACAACCAGCUUCAGCAGCUUCGACACGAUGUUAUUGUGUCUCCUGAUGACCUGCUGUCCAUGCCAUCAGGGGGAGUGACUCUUUCUGGACUGAAGCACAACAUUGCAGUCAGUGUCCUCUUCAUUAAUGCUUGGUUAUCAGGUAAAGGUCAUUACUUCUACAGAGGCCAGGUCGAGGAUUCAGCUACAGCAGAGAUAUCCAGGUCUCAGGUGUGGCAGUGGAUCUGUCAUCAGACUCAGCUGGAGGAUGACAGUAGACUGGUGAACCGGACACUGGUGACUGAACUCAUCAAAGAAGCCCUGACAGAGCUCAGUGUAUUCUGUCAAUCUGCCAGGGAGAAAUGGAGGUUACACACAGCAGCAGACAUGGUCCUGGAGGUGGUCCUCAAGAGAGAUUUCCCAGAAUUUAUCACCACCUACCUGAGUCAGGACCACACCUUUCUGAGCUCACACAGCAGAGGACGAUCAGUGGACUCAGUCACAGACCAAUCCAAACUAUGA